AUGAUGAAAAAUAGCAAAAAUAAUUUAUACAAUUUUAACUCGGUAAAAAUAGAACCCUUCGGAAAAGCCCCAGUGGGGUAUGUACCAGGGAAGGGACGAGGGGUUACCGGUUUCUCUGGGGGUGUUAGUAGGGAUGAUACAACAGAUGAUAAGGACAAAAAUGAUUAUUCUGAUUUCAAUUAUGACGAAUUUCAUGGGUAUUCAGAAUCCUUAUUUAAAGAUACAGAAUAUGAUGAAGAAGACAAAGAAGCUGAUGAUAUAUAUGAUAAUAUAGAUGCUCGUAUGGAUGUUAGAAGAAAAACUAGAAGAGAAAAUAAACUAAAGGAAGAAAUAUCAAAAAUGAGAGCACAAAAACCAACGAUUCAAGAACAGUUUAGUGACUUAAAAAAAAAUCUAGCGAAUGUUACUAUAGAAGAAUGGGAAUCAAUUCCUACAGUUUUAAAUUAUUCAAAACAGAAACAAAAGAAAGUACCUAAAAGUUAUUUGCCAGCUCCCGAUAGCCUUAUUAUGAAUAGAAUCAACGAUUCGAACAUGCACAUGAAUUAUAACACGUCCUUAUCCAAUGGGCUUAAAACUCCUCUCGGUUUGUGGUACAAAACCCCACUGGGCAUUCAAACCCCAUUAGGGCUUCAAACCCCAUUAGGACUACAAACUCCAUUAGGGUUACGCUCCUCAACGGGGUUCCAAACCCCAUUAGGGCUACAAACCCCCUUAGUGCUACGAUCCUCAUCCCUAGGUACCAGCACUCCCAUAGGAUUAGGAAUGCAAACUCCAUAUAUGAAAAGCUCGAGUAGUUUUGGGUUAGAAACGCCUAUAUAUAAUAGGAAUGGAAUGAAAGGUAUUAUGCCUUAUAGCGGUUUGAAUACGCCAUUUACCUUAUCAGGAUAUACAACUCCAUUGAAUGCUUCAAAUAUCAGUGGUUACAACACACCGCUGCUAAACAAUGCUAACAAAUUAUCUCUUAAUGAUUUAGGGGAAGCAAGAGGAACAGUUUUAUCCGUAAAGUUGGAUGAACUUAUAGACAGUGUAGAAGGACAGACAGUCAUAGAUCCUAAGGGGUACUUAACAAAUUUGAAUGCAAAAAGUUUAGUAAAUGAUGCAGAUAUAGCUGAUAUAAAUAAAGCUAGAUCAUUGUUAAAAUCUGUUAUUAGUACAAACCCUAAGCAUGGUCCAGGUUGGAUAGCAGCAGCAAGAGUUGAAGAAUUAGCUCAAAGGAAAGAUAAAGCAAAAGAAAUAAUUAUGAAAGGAUGUAUUGAGUGUUCAAAAAAUGAGGAUAUAUGGUUAGAGGCAGUACGAUUAGAAGAUAAACUUAGUGAAGCAAAAAUAAUAUUAGCAAAAGCUAUUAAGCAUCUACCGACAUCUGUUAAACUGUGGUUAGAAGCAUAUAAAAAAGAAAAGAAUAUAGAUGAUAAAAGAAAAGUUUUACGUAAAGCUAUUGAAUGUAUACCCAAUUCUGUGAUAUUAUGGAAAGAAGCUAUAUCAUUAGAAAAUGAAAACAAUGCGUAUAUUUUACUAAAAAGAGCAGUUGAGUGUAUACCUCAGUGUAUUGAAAUGUGGAUUGCUUUAGCACGUUUAUGUAACUAUAAUGAAGCACAGAAGGUUUUAAACGAAGCAAGAAAAAAGAUCCCAACGAGCGCAGAAAUAUGGAUUAAUGCAUCUAAAUUAGAAGAAAAGCAAGGGAAUAUUAACAUGGUUGAUAUUAUUAUUAAAAGAUGUAUUGAAAAUUUGACAUCGAAAAAUGUAAUAUUUGAAAGAGAUAAAUGGAUAAAAUUUGCUGAAGAAUGUGAGAAAUCCCAUUUCCCUUAUACAUGUGAAGGCAUUAUUAGAAAUACUAUGAAUAUAGGUGUAGAAAAUUUAAAUAAAAAACGUAUAUACAAACAAGAUGCACAGAAUUGUAUUAAUAAUAAAUCAUUUCAUACUGCUAGAGUUAUCUACAAUGAAGCGUUAAAAAAUUUUAAAACGAAAAAAUCAUUAUGGUUAGCACUAGCUAAUCUAGAAUUAGCUUAUGGGAAAAAAGAAAAUGUAGAUGAAGUGUUACAAAGAGCUGUUAAGAAUUGUCCACAAUCUAGUGUCCUAUGGUUAAUGUUAGCAAAGCAGAAAUGGUUAAAUAAUGAAAUAGAUAAGGCUAGAGAAAUUUUAGCAGAAUCGUUUAUGCACAAUCAGAACACAGAAGUUAUAUCACUAGCAGCUAUCAAAUUAGAAAGAGAAAAUAAUGAAUUUGACAGAGCAAGGUUUUUAUUGAAAAAGUCAAGAGUACAAUGUAAUACGCCAAAAAUAUGGAUGCAGUCUGUACAACUGGAAAGACUGUUAAGAAAUUAUAGUGAGGCUAAAUACCUUGUACAUGAAGCUUUAAAAAUACAUAAAUAUUUCGAUAAAUUGUAUAUGAUUGCUGGUCAGAUAGAACUAGAAUAUGAAAUUUUUAAAGGGGAAGAUAGUGAUAAGAAGCAGAUAAACAAAAUAACUACCAACUCAUUUGGUAGCAGUACCAAUGUGGACAUAACCAUAACGAGUGGAAACAAUCCUGGGGAAGAUCUACACAGAGAAGAAAAAGCGGAACAGACGAAUAUAAUUGAGCAUGACUUCAACUCGCUUAGAAGUAACAACAUCCCAUAUAUAAACGCACAGAAAAUAUAUGAACAAGGAAUAAAGUAUUGCCCUGGAUCAAUAAAUCUAUGGAUUUGUGCUAUUGACCUGCAGAUGGAAAAUAAAAACUAUACAUCAGCUAGGGCACUAGUUGAAAAGGCUAAAAUCAAAAUAAAGAGUAUUAACUCAAUAAAGAAUAACAAUUAUGUUUUUAAAAAUAAAGAAAUUAUCGAAAGUAGUGAACAUCCAUAUGAAGAAGAUAUCAAUAAAAAUAUUGAGGAUACAAAAAAUGCAAACUCGAAUAGUACUAAUUUAACUAAUAAUAAAAAUGAGUUAGAGAAGAAAAACUCAGCAAUAAAUAACGCAUCAGUUAAAAUUAUUGAAAAUUAUGACUUAUUAUGGUUAAAAUUAAUUGAAAUAGAAUUAUGUUGUAAUAAUAAAAAUAUCAAUCCUGUUAUUUCAGAGGCUUUAAAGGAAUGCCCUUCUUCAGGCAUCAUUUGGUCAAAAGCAAUAGAACUAGAAAAUAAGAAUUUACAAAAUAGCAAGUCAGUUAGUGCAUUUAAUAGCUGUGGAAAUAAUGCUUAUGUAGUUCUAACAGUCGCUAAACUUUUUUGGAUGAAUUUUAAAAUUCCAAAAGCUAGGAAAUGGUUUUAUAGAGUUAUUAGUUUGAAUCCCAAUUUCGGCGAUGGUUGGGCUACUUUCCUGGCCUUCGAGAUUGACCAGCAGAACGAGAUUAACCAGAAGGACAUCAUUAACAAGUGCAUAAAGGCCGAGCCAAACAGAGGCUACAUGUGGAACAGAAUUACGAAACGGGUUGAAAACUGGAGAUUGAAAUACCCGCAAAAGUUGUAUAAAUAUAUUAAGGAGUUAUUUCCGGAAGUGUUAAAAAAAAAAAUAUCGGAAAAAAUUUGGCAAAUUAUUAGCGACGAAAACGUAGAUGAUCCGGUGUUUCAAAGUAGCUACGUGGAGACUGAGCCAGUGGACAACAAGGCAGAAGAAGUGACUGAAGAAGAUAAGGGGGAUGAACAGGGUGAAGAAGCUGACGCAGGAGGAGAAACAAAAAUAGAAAGAAUGGAGAAAAACGCAGAAACAGGAGGAAAGGUUGAAGACGUAGAAACUGCAGUACAAGGAGGAGAAGACGAAACAGGUGAACUGGGGGACGAAGAAGAAACGGGGAAAACGGGAGGAACAACAAGUGCGAGAAAUAUGGGAAAAUCUCAGCCGAAGGAAAAAAAAGCUAAAAGCAAAAAUGACGAAAAGAAAACAAAUAAAAGAAAAGAGAUGAGUAACAAAAACGAAGAAACGGAUAAAACAGCUAGAAAAAAAAAAAAAUAA